AAAAGUCCAUUAGUCAUACUCUUAAAUGCUGCCCGGUGAUCUCCCGAUCCCCGCAAAGUCCAUGGUCAUCGCCUUUCUUCCGCACGAGACAAUGUGAAUCCUUUACUUUCCCCUGCAUUUUCUUCUCCCCCCCCAAAAGUCCUCAUAAUGUCUAGAACCAGGAGGCAGGCAGAGGCCCUACCGUCCGGCAGCCAAGUUCAGACAGAAUCCUCUCGAGAGCCUUCGCCUCUUCCUCUCACGGGAACUCUGAGACUGAGAGGCGCGCCACUUGCGGAAACCACGCAGACGACCACGGAGACAGCAUCCACGAGACGCAUACGAUGGAGUGAAGACGUUGUCGAUAAUGAGGGGAUGGGCAAGAAGAGUUCAAAAGUAUGCUGCAUAUACCACAAAUCCCACGCCGUAGGCGAGAGCAGUUCCGAAUCCGAAUCUGAAUCCGAAUCCGAUGACUCCAGCUCCUCCGAUUCCGACACCGACGCUCGUCAACGCGGGAUAAGACGUGGUCGUCGGAAACAAGAUAAAGACCAUCAUCAUCAUCAUGAAUGCGGUUCAGAAGAACAUGACCAUGACCACGACCACGGAUCGGGUCCUCAUAAACAUAAGAGCAAGCGGAGAAAACCAAGCCCGAAUGCUUAUGAGAGAGUACCGAAUUAUACGAAGAAACGACCUCAAUGACCAAGGGACGGGACGUAGGGUAGAGAAGAUGGUGGAAUCGUGCUUUCGUUGCGGUUGUUUUAAGGGGGGGUCACUGCCGUGUGCUGUUCGUGGUCGGUCGAGAAUUUGGACAUGUCUUGUCCUUCUCGACCAUAGAUAUCCCUUUCGAUGGGUGUCGCAGAUAUGGGACGCUUGAGCUGGUGAUUCCCAAUGUGUAUGAAGUUGCAUUGGGGGUGUUUCUCGAGCAUUUCCUUUGGAGUCUUCAGCAUUACUCGCUCGGGCCAUAGCCACCUGAAAUCACGGCCGUAUGAACUGGUAAUGCAAAUCUGGUCUUCCUUUGGCGGAAGACUCUCACACGAUAUCAUGGUUCGGUAUGAAGAUACACUCAUGUGAAUUAAUUAUUUUAUGUCAAUUGUAACAUUAUUUAUCCACUUAACACAAGGUGCAGCGAUAUACUGCGAAUGAAUACUG